AUGCGGCACCGUCUCGUGCUGUCCAGCAUCGCUGCGCUCGCGGCAGCCCAGCUCCAAUGCGGCCCGCCGCCCGACGAUACAGGCACCGAGGGAGAGGACUGGUGCGCCACCGCGGCGCCGCGCGACCUGUGGGCCUGCGAGGCGGCCAUGCAGCGGCGGCUGCUCGGCUCGUCGACGCCGCGCCACGGCUGCGACGCCGCGGCGCCGUCGACGACCGCGGUGGCGGUGGGCAGCCGCGACACCGUGCCGCACGCGCAGACGUGGGCGGACCUGCGCUGGGCGAGCUACGAAGGUGGCACGUUCCUUCUCCACGAUCCCAGCGGCGCGCUGUUCCGCGGCGCGACGGCCACGGCGCGCGGGCCGGAGCCGCCGCGGGACCGGCUGCUGGGCGCGAGCAAGUGGGGCCUCUUCUUCCACGACGGCGGCGACGCCAGCCGGGGCGUCGUCGUCGACGAGCCCUACGCGGCGGCAAAGUGCCACGUCGCGUUCGCGGAGCGGCUCUACGUGCUCAACCUGCUGACGACGCAGGUCGGCCACCUCCUCGUGGACGUGCUCGAGCCGCUGUUUUACGACGCGGAGCGGAGCGGCGGCGGCGCCGUGGACCCCGCGCGGACGCGCAUCAGCAUCCAGGUCCACGUCGAGCGCCGGUCGCUCCACCGGCGGCUCAUGGACGCGAUCUACGGGGACACGCCCUUCGCGCUGCUGCGGCUGUUCACGCGCCACCCGAUCCACACGAAGGACGCCCUCGACGGCCUGCCGGGCCGCCUCUGCCUGCCGAGCGCGGCCGUGGAGCUCGACAUCACGGACGCGUACUACGCGCGCGGCCACGACGCGCGCGAGGCCAACCGCACGGCCGCGGCGCCGGACGCGAGCGAGGUCCGGCGGUACCGACGAUUUCGGCAAUUCCUCCGCGACGGCCUGCGGCACGACGUGACGCGCCCACCCAAAACGGUCGUCUUCGUCGAGCGCAAGGGCCAGCGCGAGCUGCUGAACGGCGACGCGCUGAAGGACGCGACGGCGCUAGCGGCGACGGCGGCGGGGCUGCGCUUCCGAGCGGUCGCGCUGGAAGAUAUCGGGUUCAGCGAGCAGCUCGAGCUCUUCGGGGACUGCGCGCUGCUGGUCGCGCAGUACGGGUCGGCGUUGCACAACGUGCUGUUCCUGCCGGACGCCGCCGUGGUCCUCAUGCUGCCGAUGCCCAAGUGGUGCGACGAGAGCUGGCACUUUGAGCGCCAAGCCUACCUGCUCGGCCACGCGGUCGUGCGCGUCUGCGCCGCGGGCGACGACGCGGGCCGGCGCGUGCGGUGGGCGCGGCGCGCGGCGCGGCAGGGGCCCUGGCACGCCAAGGACGCGGAUUUUGCCGUCCCCGUUGCGACGUUCGAGGCGGGGCUUCGGGCGGCGCUCGCCGACGACGUCACGUCUGCGACGUUCCGCGCGCCGCCGCCGCCGCCAUUACACCCGGAAGACCUGGUGACGCCGCGCGUCCACGUCACGGACGCGCGCGUCGAGGCCGGCACCGUGGAGGUCGUGGUGGCCGACCACGGCGGCGCCGGCGUCGGCGACGUCGAGGCCGACGCGCUCGCGCGCGUGCGCUUCGUCGUGGAGGUCGUCCUGAGCGACGACGGCGCGCCGCCCGACGCCCGGGAGCGCGAGUUCCUGGCGCGGGUCGACGCGGGGCGCGUCGAGCUCUGCCUCACGCCGGCGGCGGCCGCGGACCCGAACACGGACGUGGCGUGCUUUUCCGCGAACCUCUUCAACGAGUUCUCGACGGUGGACGCGGGCGUCGUGUGGGGGGACCGCGUCGUGUUCCGGUUCUGGCUCCGCGACGUCGACGCGGGCGACCUGCCGGGGAGCGAGACGUUCUUCGGAUUGGACGUCGACGGGCCCUACGACGGUCUCGGCGCGUCGACGAUCACGCACCUCGUCGACGGGCCGCUGCCCAGCUCAAAGCCCCGCUCCAAGUUGUUCUCGGUGCCCGACUGGCGGCGGUUCCGCGCUUCCGACGUCGUGGAGCUCGAGGUCGUGCUCGACGACGAGAGUCUGCCGCUCGUGUUGCUCCCGCGGCACCCGACGGCGGUCCAGGCCCGCGUCGCGGCGUUUUGCCGGAAUCACAAAUUACCGCGCGGCGCGUGCGCCGACGUCGCGCUCGCGGCGUUGCGCGAGGUCCGCGGCGCUGCGGCGGCGAUCGCGGCGGGCCUGCCGCUCGUGCAGCGGGCGCCGACGCCGGAGCGGCCCUUUGUGUUCCUGCACCACGAAAAGUGCGCCGGGAGCUCGCUCCGGCGCUAUUUGGUCCAGGCGGCGAAGAAGCGCGGCGUCGGCUUCUUCGUGCCCUGCUACGACGGCGGCGGAGUCUACCGCGAGGACGAGCGGUGCUACGCGUUUGAUUUGUCCAACGCGACGGCGGCGUCGGGCGGCGCGCCCCCGGCACUCGCGGCCACCGCGGGCCACUUCAACUGGGGCGUCUGGGACGCGCUGCCCUCGUCCAAACAUGACCCGCCGCCGUGUUUGAGUUUGGUGCGGCACCCUAUUGACCGGGCCAUCUCGCUCUUCUACGAGCGCGUCUACCAGCGCGACGACCACCUCGGCGGCCGGCGGCUGAACGACUGGAGUGUGUCAGACUUUGAGUGGCUGCUCGGGGCCUUUAAGGGCUCGGCCUUUUCCAUGUGGCGCGACGAGGGCUUUUGCGACCAGGUCUGCAAGAACCUGCUCGGGCUGGCGAUCAAUAGGGGGCGGACGCCCGCGGCCGUCGACGCGCUGCCCGCCGACGUGACAUCGAGGGCGGCAUCCUCGUUGGACGCCGGCCUGGCAGUCGAGCGCCUGGGAAAAUGUGUCGUGGGAAUCCAGGAGGACUGGGCCGGGGCCCGGCGCGCCAUCGACCACUGGUUCCCGUGGCUCUCGUUCGACGACGACGUCCGCCGCAACGUGGGCUUCUCCGACGCCGAGACGCGCCAGACCCUGCGGCCCGAGUUGAGCGCCGCCAUCGAAAAAUGCAACGCCUGCGACCUCGCGGUCUACGAGGCGGCGACGCGGCGCGUCGAGGCGCAAAAGGAGUUUCUCGACGAGCGCGCGGCAAUACUCGUGGCGGAGCGCGGGGCGCGGGCGGGUUAAAUUUAUUAUGUUGA